AUCUCGUCUCCAGGAUACAGAGGAAGCGUCCCUGUUGUCGAUGGUGAGUUCUCACUGUUGAGGUCAUUACAGUCAUGAAAAUGAAUUGAUCUUUGUUGUUUUCUCUAAGCAUGAGUCACCACGGGGAGUCUAGUCCAUGAAGCUUAUUAAUGUUUGAACCUCAGUCAGUGUGCCAUCCAGGGUUUCAUAAUGUUGCCGGUGGAGCAUCUUCACCUGGAACAUGUUCUGCAGACUGUGUCUGCGUUGGAGUCGGUUGUCCUCCGUAGUUUUGGCCCUGAAGGAGGACAGGUGCUGUUUACCCGAGACACAGGACAGGCGAUGUUGAGCCGCAGUGGGACAACAAUUCUCACAGCACUACGACUAGAGCAUCCACUGGCCAGGAUGGUUGUUGAGUGUGUCCUGAAACACAGCGCUGUAACAGGUGAUGGAUCUAAGACAUUUAUCCUACUGCUGGCAUCAUUACUGAGAGUGAUUCAUACGGCAGCCUGCAAGGUGCCGAAUGUGUCCCACACUUAUAACUCCAGAGAAGCAGCAGUUGCCUCUACUGCCAGACGAUUGACCAAAAAGCUUUUGACAUUUGCAUUGGAGGAGCUGGAUGACAUAAUUGCCAUGGGAGUGGUCCCGUAUGGAGGCUGUCUUCAAAGAGAGGAUUUCACUGCAACAACACAUUCUCAAACAAACAAUCCCUGCAUCCAAAAACUGCUGGCAUCUUUCUUUUAUUCACGUUUGGGUCAAACGCACUGUGACUUUUUUAGCCACCUCACUAGUGAAGUGCUCAAUAACUGGAAAUUACAAAAUGAGCAUCCUUCCAUAUCACUUAACUUCAUAAAGGACAACCUGCCUGCAUUGCUUACACCUGUAUCAGGCUUCCCAAUCAGUUGUUCACGUUUGAUUGAGGGGCAGGUCAUUCACAGAGACUUUGCUACGCCUUGCCCACUAAGAAGCCAGCAGCCAGUAAAAGCUGUAGUUUUAACUGGUUUCCUGCAGCCUAAAGUGCUAUGUGCUGGAGAAGUGCUGGAGCUUGGAUGUGGAGGUCAAGGGAUCGAUGAGAAGUCAAGGAAGGAGAGAAGUAUUGUGCAGUUUAGUGCAUGGACAGAAAGGGCACUAGAGUGCGCCAUUGCACACCUACAGAGUUUAGGUGUCUCUGUGGUCCUGUCUUCAGCGAAACAGUCAGCUGCUGUCCUGGCCUUAGCUGCACAGGCAGAGAUAUGCAUUGUGGAGUGUGUUGAUGAAGAUGAGCUGUCUCUUUUUGCACAUUUAAGUGGGGCCUCACCUGUAACAGACUGCUUGAUGAUUGAACCAGACAACGUCGCUACACUGACCUUUUGCCAAUCAAUACUGCUAGGAGCUCAUAGGUAUGUCCACAUUGCUUUCCAUGAUUCAGACAAAAGACUGAUGGUCAAACCCUGCGGUAUAAUCAUCUGUGGAGUUGGGGAAGGGCAAACAGACCAAUAUAUAUGUUCGUUUCAUGAUGCCAUCCGCAUGUUAUUUUCAACUUGGAAGCCCAUUGGUGUGACAGCAACUACAGCAUCGAAGCAGACCUCUAACGAAAGCAAACCUUCACAAACACAAAGUCAGAUACCCAACUUAUCUCCCUCCCAGCAGUGUUUGAUAGAGCCAGGCUGUGUUGUACCUGCCGGUGGAACGUUUGAAUUCCUCUUACACCAUGCCCUCAUAAAGCAUGGACACAGCCGCUUGGUUAUGGAUGACACAUAUUUGGACAUCUUUACUGUUUCCCAGCUGUUAGCAAAUGCUCUAUUGAGUGUGCCCAGACAUGUUUACUCCCACAGUCCACGACAUUUUCUGCAGACUCAUGCUGGACUUGUAAAUGAACAAAAACACAAUGACAUUCCUGAACAGAAUCUACAGGGAGGUGUAAGUAACAAACCCUGCUGUAGAGAGAUUGACAUUCCCUCAAAAGUUUUUAUGUUGGGCUUUGGCCUUGAAUCUGUCUCCUGUAAAUACCAGCUGCUUCUGGCUGUGCUGCAGUGCGUCUCAAGUCUUCUUCAGAUGGACUCUGUUCUACACAUACACACUACCUUACACAAAGGUUCAAAAGGACUUGCAAACAUUUCCUGGGAGUGCACAAAGGCUGAGGUUGAGGAAUGAGAUUGUAUUGUGUCUCACUGAAAGCCAGAAAAUUAUUUCUUCAUGUAUUAUGUAGAGAAUUAGAAAUAAUUGGUUGUAAAUGAUUGCAGCAUUUUUUUCUUGGACACAGAAUCAAAGCUAGCUUUUGAUAAGACAUGGGACAAAAUGUGCUGUUGUUUUCAAAUAGUUUUGUGGUCCUCUUCUGUGUUUCUGCUGAAUAGUUUGAGAGGGUGUAAGUGUUGAUGUUGGCUUCUUCUCUCUUGAGUCCUCAUCGUGGUUCCUGAUUUUUUUUACAUUUCAUAUCCUUAUCUCAGUUUUACUUCCCUCUCCCUUUGGCCAGAACACUGUCUGUUAUAUAAAAGGAAAUCACACAAAAAGCAGCUAGGGGACAUCGUCUCACAAACCUGCACACUCUUUUUUUAUUUAUAUAAUCAGUGUUAUCUCCAUACUGGGGGUGGGGUGUCUGACAUGGCAACACCAGACUGUCAACAACGAAAUCAAAGUCGACUUCCUGGAACAGUUAUGGGAGGAACACUAACUUUAUUCUCACCUCAUUUGGAGGAAAAAGUGAGUCAUUACAAAUCAGUUCCUCUCUCCUGUAUAUAAAUGUGUCCUGUAA